UUUUUCAAGUAUGUGCCGAAAACUUUGCUUCCCGUUUAUAGAGAUGUAGUGGUACCUCUAGCCAAUGUCUUGACGCCAAAUGCUUUUGAGUUAGGUGAAUUGGUUGGAUUCACUAUAUUUAACGAGAAAGAUUGCAUACGUGGCAUGGAUGCAAUUCACAGGAUGGGCGUUGAGACUGUUGUAGUCACUAGUGGAGUGGAAGAAAGUCAAACACCUGACACAUUGUGUUGUUAUGCAAGCAAAAAAGAUGCCUCUGAAAUCACGCGCCGAUAUCGAUUUCGCUUUCCAAGGAUACCAGGACAGUUUGUUGGUACUGGUGAUGUCUUUGACUCCUUAUUAAUUGCGUGGCUGGAUCAUUGCAAAAAUGAUGUUUGUGAUGCAGUUGGUCAUGUUUUGGGAUCUAUGCAAGGACUUUUGCGAAAAACUAGCCACUACGCUCAAGAUUUAAACAAGCAAACCAUCUUCGAAGUCCUGAUGAUCAAAUAUGAAAAUCUUACCGUUCUAACUGAUUAUAUCCGUGUGCGCAUCCGAACACCUCUAAAUCACAGCGAUCAGAUGGGACUGGCGCGAGUCGCACUACCGUGGCGGGCCAUUUUCUAA